UCACCUGAAUGCACCGUAGACAGAAUGCGCCAGUUAGUUAGCUAGUUAGCGUUCUUAGCAAACAACCGUCCUCUGUGGCUACAUAGCGGAGUUGGACCUGGGUAUCUGGAGUUAAUACUCUACAUGGACGGAUGGAACUCUUGUACCUUUGUUGCCUCGUAGUUGACAGAAUUAACUUCGUGGUUUAACACCGGCGUUCAGCGCACAGCACUAGCUUGUCAAAAGACACCCAAAGUUAGCUAACUUUAGCCACUAGCGUGACUAACGUUUGUUACGUUCUCAGAACAUUUUGACUUGAAGGAAGGAAGGAAGGGAGGAAGGAAGGAAAGGAGAGAGGAAAGUUAUCAGCAGGGUCGCUGGAUAUCACUAUUUAUGCAAAACUAGCAAACUUAUGGACUCCUUAGUUCUGUCAGUGUGACGCAUUUGGAAAAGUUGUCUUUCUGUCCAUCCUGUGUGACAUUUAACACAAGUAAGUUAAUAAGAAAUGCUUCAGCCGACUGUCAACAACUAGGCUAACUUUAGCCGUGUAACGGGCGAGAGCGACCACGUCGGCCAUCACUAAAGUCAGCUAUCUAACCCAACCUAUGUUAGAAAGCAAACUGGUUUUGUAAAGCCUCUCUUUGUUGGACUCAUUGACUCCUGAGCAGCUUUACCAGCAGCAGGACGACAAGAAGAAACGUAUGGCAUCGGAUGUGAUUGAGAGCGACGCGGUGUUAAAGGGUGUAAAUGAGAUGAAUCUGAACAAAGGUAGCCCAGAUUUUGUGUCAACCAGGAGGACUCAUGAAGAGCUGGGAAACAGAAAGACAUCCAGCCCUUCGUCUUCUGGAGUGUCGGGAGAGGGGGACGAAGAUGAAUUAGGGGAACUACAAAAAAGCACAGCUUCUACAGUGGAAAAUGGCGAAGAGGCACUUCAAGAGAGUCCAAUAAAAACAAGACGUACGCCACAGGAAGGGACAACUCCAGACAAUGAGCAGAGACAACCGGGAGCUAGAAGCUCGACACCAGGGAGCCUCUCCCAGCCACGCACACCAACUACACCCAUUGCAAGCCUGGAACGCAGAGAGUCAGUCGCCACAAGAGAGGCCCGCCUUCGCAUGGAAGGAGUUGUACUUAAGGAAGAAUGGCAGGAUGAGGAUUUCCCACGACCCCUCCCAGAGGAAGAGGAGCUUGAUGAGGAGCUUUUUGCAGGAACCUCUGAGGAGGGAGAACCUGGCUAUAUAUUGAAUCAUGGCAAGAGGGCGAAGAAGAAGCUUGCAGCGCCGGACAUCAGUCUCACACUUGAUCGCAGUGAAAGUUCUCUUCUCUCUGAUGACCUGGAUGAAAGUACAGAGCUGGACCUCGAUGGCAUGGACACACCUUCAGACAACAGCAAUGAGUUUGAAUGGGAAGAUGAUCUCCCCAAGCCAAAAAACACAGAGCUGCUACAGAAGGGUAUGGAGUCAGUGCAGGAGUACUCAGCUGCAGACGAGAGGGAGGAAGGUCGACGCUGGAGGGUGUUUCGUAUUGGAGAGCAGGAACACAGAGUGGACAUGAAGGCAAUUGAACCUUACAAGAAGGUCAUCAGCCACGGAGGUUACUAUGGAGAUGGUUUGAAUGCCAUAAUUGUGUUUGCUGUGUGCUUUAUGCCUGAGAGCAAUCAACCAAAUUACAGAUACAUCAUGGACAAUUUAUUCAAAUAUGUCAUCGGCACACUGGAACUUUUGGUUGCUGAGAACUAUAUGAUUGUGUAUUUGAACGGGGCGACAUCGCGGAAAAAGAUGCCCACGGUCAGCUGGCUUAGAAAGUGUUAUCAGCAGAUUGAUAGGAGGUUAAGGAAGAACUUGAAGUCUUUGAUAAUUGUUCAUCCCUCUUGGUUUAUCCGCACACUGCUGGCACUCACAAAACCUUUCAUAAGCUCAAAAUUUAGUCAGAAAAUUAAGUAUGUGUUCAGCUUGAAAGACCUCGCUGAACUGGUUCCAAUGGAGUAUGUGUCCAUACCGGAUUGUAUUAAACAGUUUGACGAGGAAAAAAAUAGGAAAACCUCUAAAAGGUUUAGAUUUUGAUGUGGUUGAUGCUGGAAUCGAUAAGGACAUGAACAGCAAAGUGGAGGUGGCAGCGGCUGCCGUUCCAGAGUGACCCUGCUCGCACUACAAAGAUGUGGAGGAGGAGAAGGAGGAGAGCGAUGAAGAAUGUUUAGAAGCGCAGCCACUCUAAUGUUUCUGUUCUGGGCAACACGACUGGAGACUUAGCUCUUUGCAUCAUGAAAGUGCCUUUAUGAAAUGAUGCUACCUGUUUCAUUGUUGGAACUUUUCACUGCUUGAUUCUCAGCGUUUUUCCACAAUCUGUCUGAAAUGUUUUAAAUCUUUUUUUAUGUACUGCUGGUAUAUCCUAAUGAACUUAAGCUUAUGGGUGUUCUCCAGUAACUGUUAUAUCUAAGCGUUAUUUAAGGCACUCUGUUACAAAUGGUUGAUGCAUGUUCUGCUUUAUUACAUUUAAAUAUAUAUUUAUAUUCAAAAGGUGACAAAGGAGAGAGAUUAAUAUAUUUUUAUGGUUGCUCUGAUUUUAAAAUGAGUUUUAGGACUCUGGCCUAUUGAGUGGCAUUUCAUAAAACACCAUUUUUUGAAGGCACCUUUUUUCACCGUUCACUGUUAAAUCUUGCCUGGGGAAAAUAAAGGUUUAUUUUUUGCCCCUCACUUGAAUGUGCCCUCUGAAUUAAGGAGGGAGAAUAUCUGAGAGCAACAAUCUGAAGCAAAAAAUGUAGGUCUUAUUAUAACAUUACCUCUCAGUAAAGUCGUGGAUCCACAACAUU